AUGCCCCUCCCAUCCUCCAUUCCCACCCUAAAAUCAUCCAGUAGUAUCUAUGAACAGUGGUUGAGGAGACACAUGCUGCCACGCUCCCGCUACCCAACAGCCAACACUCCGAUUGGUCACAGUAAUGGUUACUAUAUAGGUUACUAUAUAGUUAUAUACAAGGUCCUGGGCUACGAAUAAUCCUAGCUGCUUGACCCAGGUCAGUAACCCUGACACACACCUAGCCAAAUAUGUGCGAGACCAGAAAGAAGGCUCGCGAGCAAACGUUCAAAGUCAGGAAAACACGAGAAGCGCGACGUCGUCCGCUAGAAGGCGACUAGUCUCUCGCGAGAGAUAUAGAUCUCUCUGAUCAGCACUCUCGUCUCAAUCUCUCCUCUCUCUCUCUCUCUCUCUCGCUUCUCUUUUGCUCUCUCUCUCUCUCUCAUACUCUCUGCUUCUCUUCUCUCUCUCUCUCUCUCUCCUAUAUAUAUAUAUAUAUAUAUAUAAUAUAUAUAUAUGAGGACUGACCACAGCCAAAAGACAUAUGAAUGGUUCAGAUUGUCCUUCAAUCUGUACAUUCAAGCAUGACAGAGUUAGUUUAAUAAUUGUAUUAUUUAGAGAGGAAAAUCACUCACAGAGCCCCCAGUGCAACUAUCGCAUCAAUAUUUCCUCUGUGUGAAUUUAAAUCUUAUUUUAGAUCCAGUUGUUAACCUCCAGGUUUGGGGUCUCGGAGUAUCUUGAAAAAAAAAAAAAAAAAAAAGGGGGGCUAAAAGGGGGGGGGGGGGCCCCCCCCCCCCAAAAAAAAACCCCCCUUUUUAAAAAAAGGGAAAUUUUUUUGGGGGAAAAAAAGGGGGGGGAAAAAAAAAGGGGGGUUUCCCCAAAAGGGGGAAAAAAAAAAAAAAAAAAGGGGGGGGGGGAAAAAAAAAAAGGGGGGGGGGGGGGGGGGGGGGGGGGGGGCCCCCCCCCCCCCCCCCCUCCCUCUUUUCCUUUUUUCCUUUUUCCCCCCCCCCCUUUUUUCUCUUUUUUUCUCUCUCUCUCUCUUUUUUUUUCUCUCUCUCUCUUUUUUUUUAAAAUUUAUAUAAAAAAAAUUUUUGGGGGGGCCCCCCCCCAAAAAAAAUUUUUUUAAAAAUUUUUUUUUUUAAAGUGACAGAGUUUGUUUUAAAAAUUUGUAUUAUUUAGAGAAAGGAAAAAUCACUUUUACAGAGCCCCCAGUGCAACCCAUCGCAUCAAAUUUUUUCCCCUUUUGAAUAAAUUUAUUUUAGCCCGUUGUUUUAAACCCCCAGUGGGGUUCGGAAAUUCCUUAUCGCUGUAUGAUCUGAUUGAGUGCAGCGGUGUUUUAAACUUUCAUUGAUUUAGCAGAGACCUUGUUGUUCACAUUCACACAGACUAACUAUCGCCUCAGGGUCUGCAGCAGUAUUCUCUCUCUCUCUCUCUCUCUCUCUCUCUCUCUCGUUCCUGGGAGCAGGACUCAUCGGGGUCAUAGUGGCAGGAAUUAUCAUGACGGCCGUGGCCCUGUCUGUCAGGAGACGGAGCCAGAACCGGAAGAGG